AGCCAUUAAUGACACCCUAUAUUUUUAGAAAACAUCUGUUUUUAUCAACGAUUUUGUGAAUUAUUAAAGGCAUUGAAGGAAAUUAAAAAAAAAAUCGAAUACGUGUAUGUAAAUAUUUAAAAUGCUACACCGACACCGGUGUUAAAAAUCUCAUGAUAACGAAGAGUAUUUAAGAAAUGUACGCGUUGACAUGUUUAAAUCCCAUCGCCAUUGCAAUAAAUUUGCUAUUGCUUGUGAUAGCACCCUUGUCAGGAGUAAAUCAUCCAACCAUCCACGACAUUGUAACAACACAGGACAUUAUAGCUGGUGAUGUGUUCUUCGAGAUAACAGAACCAGCCGUACUGGAAUAUACGUAUCGACUGCGACCGGCAAAAGAUUUUGGCAUCUCGUUUGCGUCACAACGCCUCUUUGGUGUUGCAUUAGUGUUGACUAAACCAUCGGAUGCAUGCACAAAAAUACAAAAUUAUCGAGAACUACGCGGGAAUGUGGCUUUAAUAGAAAGAGGCGAAUGUUCGUUUUUAAGCAAAACUAUCAACGCUGAGCUUGCUGGGGCUAAGGCAGCGAUCAUUACAGAAUUCAAUAAUGAAUCGAACGAAUUUGAAUUUUAUAUAGAAAUGAUACACGACAAUACAAGUAGAGAUGCACAUAUACCAGCUGGAUUUUUGCUAGGCAAAAAUGGUAUUGUGAUUAGAUCGACGUUGAUGCGUCUACGACGACCACACGCCAUUAUGAAUAUACCCGUGAAUUUAACGUUUGUGCCACCUGCUCAAAUAAAUCAUCCACCAUGGUUAGGUUGGUAAUUGGCAAUAAAUAUAAAUAUAAGGACAAAAUAUAAGGAAAACUAAACAAAUCCAAAAAGUAAUAACCAAAGUGCAUUCUUGUAACUAAGACACCAAAUGUAUGGCUAUUUGGGCUGCUAAAAAUAAGCAUUUUUCAUAACGUUUACUCGUUGUUAAGCUAAUUUAGAUGCUAAUUCUUCUGUAAACGAUAACAAAACUAUUAAAAACGGAUUGGCAUUUCGGCCUUGUGCAGCAAACGUAUAUACUACAUACAUACAUAUGUAUGUAGGUGAAAGUCUAAGUCAUCAUGACCUGGAGUACUGAUUUUUAUAAUUCUUCAAACGAAUAAAGCAAUCAAGACGUUUCUUUAAUCAAUGUAAAACAUAAAUAAUAAAAGCAGUUUUAAUGAUAUUAAAUUUUUUGGUCAUUGUUUGAUAAGCUUUGUAUAGAAUAUGUAGCUGUUUUAUAAUUCCCUAGCUAUGUAGUAAAAGUGUAUGUUUGUUCAGAGCAAUACAGAAUUUUUUUUCAAAUAAAACUAUAGUAAGAAAACGCAAACUAAAAGCAAUUAAUAA